AUGUUCUACCGCACUAGCCAAGCGCUUGCAGAGAACUUUUAUACCAUGCUCGAGUAUCGGCUCAAGACCUCAGGGGUCGAAUAUCCGAAACACCAUUUAUUGGGGGGUGUUAUGAUUAAUACUAUGGCCCUUUUGUUAUCCAAAGGAAUACAAACCAAGCUCGGACACACGCUCAUGAGGCAGGUGAUAGCGGUCUCGGACGAAGUCAUGACUCUAUGUUUCUUGUCCGACAUCGAUGUCACGUUCCGCUUUGACACCAUCAUGGAAAUUCCAUUGAACAUUCUCGUAGACGGAAACAUCAUCGGCUUCGAUAUACCGGCUUUAUAUUUCAAUAGCAAGUCUGUAGACGAGGACUUGCUUUUCCAAGCUCAGGUCCUUUUUAACUUUUUGGCCCUGGUCCGGCUAUUUAUCGUCCAGCUCGGAGAAAUCGGCGUGUCCGAGUUGAUACAAGACUUUAACAACACCAUUCGCGCUGAGACGUUGCUCAACCGAACGCGAUCCACCGAGACGACGCGGGUGAUACGAUUCGGACUACCGGAACGGGGGCUCGCAAGGUUAUUCCCCGAAGCAGGAGCGCGGACCUCUUGUCGCCGUGUUGGGAGCACGGGAUAUGAAUACCCAUGGGAGGCGGCGUCAUAA